UUAAACAGGCGCUGUGGAGGAGAGUAUUCGACUGCCCCUCUGCGGACCUACGCGGCCUAUCCUUCGCCGGAAAGCGCGCUCUCUCUCUCAGUAACAGAUCCACAGAAGCCUACCUGCAAAAAUGGUCGAAACAGAGCAUCCCGGCAGCCUUUCGCUUGGAUAUAUCCAGGACCAACUAACUGAAGUAGCACCACAUUACAAGCGUAUUGAACGGAAUGAAUUCUCAUAUCGAAAGCACAAGAAGCAAAAAGAGGAGGAUAUGGCUAUAUGCAUAUGCCAGUAUGAUGCUAAUCAUCCUGAUAGUGCAUGUGGAGACAGGUGUUUGAAUGUACUAACUAGCACAGAAUGUACACCUGGCUAUUGUCCUUGUGACACUCAUUGCAAGAAUCAGAGAUUCCAAAAAUGCGAAUAUGCCAAGUCAAAACUGUUUAAAACUGAAGGCCGUGGUUGGGGUCUUCUAGCAGAUGAAAAUAUUAAGGCUGGACAGUUUAUUAUUGAGUAUUGUGGAGAAGUAAUUUCAUGGAAAGAAGCAAGGAGGAGGUCCCAAGCUUAUGAAGCUCAAGGUCUCAAAGAUGCAUUUAUCAUAUCCCUUAAUGCCUACGAGUCAAUUGAUGCUACUAGGAAAGGAAGCCUUGCUAGGUUUAUUAACCAUUCAUGUCAACCAAAUUGUGAAACAAGGAAGUGGACAGUGCUUGGGGAGAUACGGGUUGGGAUAUUUGCAAAACAAGACAUUCUUGCUGGGACAGAAUUAGCAUAUGAUUAUAACUUUGAAUGGUAUGGUGGUGCUAAAGUUCGCUGCCUAUGUGGUGCAUCUCUUUGUUCUGGAUUUCUUGGGGCAAAGUCUCGUGGUUUCCAGGAAGAUACGUAUCUCUGGGAAGAUGAUGAUGACAGAUACUCAGUUGAAAAUGUCCCUCUUUAUGAUUCCGAGGAGGAUGAGCAAACGUCAAAGCUCCUCAAGACCACAAGCUUCUCAAAAACUCUAUCUGAUGCUGAAGGAAAGCACGAUCAUUUAAUGAGAUUGGAUGAUGGUUUAGCAACUGAGCAUUGUUCUCAUCUGGAUCCAAUUGUUGUAGAACCCCUCAAUUCAAUUCUGAUGGAAGAUGUGGUAAUGGAUGAGGCGAAAACUGAAGUUAAUGAAGAUAAAAAAAUGUGCUCACAAGAUGCUCAUAAAUUUUCACAUAAAAAUGCAAUGAUAUCUCGUAUCCGAAGUAAUAGUGCUUGCCGGAACUAUUACAUACAAACAAGCCCUUUGUCAAAGAAAAGCUCACCACACUACUCUAGUGGAAGAUCAAAACAUAAUGCCCCAAAGCAGUUUGAUGCAAAACUUUUUGGUCAACGACUCGCAUCAAAAGAAGCACUAGAAGAGGUUCUAGCUUAUGAGCAAGCAAGGAACCUGGCAACAUCACAACUUGAUUCCUUGUAUAAUGAAAUAAGGCCUGCAAUCGAAGAGCAUGAGAAGGACAGCCAAGACAGCGUGUCGACCACUGUCGCGGAGAAGUGGAUCGAAGCUAGCUGCUGUAAGCUAAAAGAAGAGUUUAAUCUUUAUUCCGCAGUCAUCAAGCAUGCUUCACUUGCUCCCCAGAAGACAACACGGGUUGAAAUACCCCUUGAAGGAGAAGGUGGUGAAACUGAACUGAAGUACCUCAAAAUGGAUUAGAGGAAUUUGAGCUAAGGCAAAUGGCUUCAGCAGAUUUUUAUUUUUAUUUUUUUUUUAUUUUUUAUUUGAAAGAAAAAAUCUCAUUGAAUGGCUUCAGCAGAAGAUUUGAAUAUCGUUGAAUGACAGAAAAUCCCUUGGAUGCAGAAUUUUCACAAGAUCACACUUUAGAGAAGCCAAUAUUGGUUGGCUUUUCUUCUUAUUAUUAUUAUUAUUGUUGUUGUUGUUGUUGU